AGUAUAUAGAUCCGGUGAAAUAUCUGUCUCGUUGUUCUGUGUUCAUUCUACUUGCGCUUUGCCGAGCAGCGCAGAGCUGUUGGAAGGAAGUUCAUCAAGAUUCCCAUAACGAGUGUCGCAGCGUUCUAAUGGACUGGCUCAGUGCUAGAGGCGUCACUACAGACGCUGGUACGAUUCCGGGCUGUAUCACAACCGGCCGUGAUCGGGAGUCACACAGUGGCGGCGCAUAAUUGGCCCAACGUCGCCCGGGUUAGGGGAGGAUUUGACCGGGGUUGGCCGUAAUUGUAAAAUAAGUGUUUGUUCUGACUUGCCUAGUUAAAUAAAGGCUAAAGAAUAUAAUGUGGUAGGCAAAAUACUCUAGCAAUUACGGUAUUAUGCUCAAGGCAAUAAGAAGGAAGUGAAGGGUGGAAUGUCAUCCAUUUCUUUUCAACUCUACAAAGGAACGAUGGCGCUCCGGACUUUAGGUUGUCACUUGGGGCGUUUUCAAGGGAUUUACCGCCAGCUACAGCCCCGGUCCUGUGGGCUGGCUGUGUUGGGGGUGCGGGGGCUACCUGUGGGGGUGAGAUAUAAGAGCUCCGGCCCUGUACAGGUGAGUCACCUGGACCACCUGGUGUUGACCGUAAAGAGUGUUCCAGCCACCUGCACCUUCUACUCCUCUGUCCUGGGCAUGGAGGUCAUCACCUUUAAGGGUAACCGUAAGGCGCUGUGUUUUGGGAAGCAGAAGUUGAACCUGCACCAGGUGGGUCAGGAGUUUGAACCCAAGGCUUUGAGACCCACCUCAGGAUCAGCUGACCUCUGUCUCAUCACCUCCACCCCCCUGGCUGCUGUAGCUACACACCUACAGGCGUGUGGUGUGGAGAUAGAGGAGGGUCCGGUGGAGAGGAGUGGCGCGGUUGGACCCAUCACCUCUCUCUACUUCAGAGACCCAGACCACAACCUGAUAGAGGUCUCUAACUACAACCGACCAACCAAGGACUGAGGCCUUACGUCAACCUCUAACUACAUGUACAACAUCUACCUUCAACCGACCAACGAAGGAUUGAGGCCUUACGUCAACCUCUAACUACAUGUACGACAUCUACCUUCAACCGACCAACGAAGGAUUGAGGCCUUACGUCAACCUCUAACUACAUGUACAACAUCUACCUUCAACAGCCUUAGAACAACAAUUUAAAUGCAACAGAAGAACAAAGAACAAAGGGCAUUGUUAUAUUUUGUGUUUUUUGCUUCAGCCAACUUAUUUUUCUUUUGGCAGGAAGAUAACAGUAGUUAGAGUGAAGAGUUAGUGGUAAGGUAACCCUUAGGAGGACAACAAUGUAGUUCCUACGUGUCAUGUUUUGGCCUAGCCAGAUUUUGUAUUUUAGCCAAUUCCUUUGUUGUUUGGGGUGAUGACUUGCCUCGUUAAAUAAAAACAUGAAGGAAAAAAAACAA